AUGGCCUCGCUGGACCUGCCGUACCGCUGCCCGCGCUGCGGAGAGCACAAGCGCUUCCGGAGCCUGUCGUCGCUGCGCGCACACCUAGAGUACAGCCACACCUACGAGACACUCUACAUCCUCUCCAAGACCAACAGCAUCUGCGACGGGGCUGCAGCUGCGGCAGCAGCCGCGGCUGCGUCAGGCUUCCAGCUGGCGCCCGAGCCCGCCGCCCUGCUGGCCGUGCCCGGCGCCCGGCGUGAGGUCUUCGAAAGCACGUCCUUCCAGGGCAAGGAGCAGACGGCCGGGCCGCCCGCAGGGCCACACCUGUUGCAUCACCACCACCACCACGCGCCCCUCGCCCACUUCCCCGGCGACUUGGUGCCCCCCAGCCUACCUUGUGAGGAGCUGGCCGAGCCGAGCCUGGUGCCCGCCGCGCGCUACGCGCUGCGCGAGAUAGAGAUUCCGCUGGGCGAGCUGUUCGCGCGCAAGUCGGUGGCGUCCUCUGCAUGCUCGACGCCACCACCCGGGCCUGGGCCCGGCCCUUGUCCCGGGCCCGCCUCAGCCUCGCCGGCAUCGCCGUUGCCCGCCGAUGUGGCGUAUGAGGAGGGACUGGCCCGCCUCAAGAUCCGCGCGCUGGAGAAGCUGGAGGUAGACCGGCGGCUGGAGCGGCUGAGCGAGGAGGUGGAGCAGAAGAUCGCGGGCCAGGUGGGCAGGCUGCAGGCCGAGCUGGAACGCAAAGCGGCCGAGCUGGAGACUGCGCGGCAGGAGAGCGCGCGGCUGGGGCGCGAAAAGGAGGAGCUGGAGGAGCGCGCCUCUGAGCUCUCGCGCCAGGUGGACGUGAGCGUGGAGCUGCUGGCCUCGCUCAAGCAGGACCUGGUGCACAAGGAACAGGAAUUGAGCCGCAAGCAGCAGGAGGUGGUGCAGAUCGACCAGUUCCUGAAGGAGACGGCAGCGCGGGAGGCCAGUGCCAAGCUGCGGCUGCAGCAGUUCAUUGAGGAGCUGCUGGAGAGGGCUGACCGGGCCGAGCGGCAGCUGCAGGUCAUCAGCAGCAGCUGUGGCAGCACACCCAGUGCCAGCCUGGGCCGUGGCGGCGGGGGCGGUGGUGCGGGGCCGGGGCCCCGGGGCCCAGGCCGGAUGCGAGAGCACCACGCGGGCCCAGCCGUGCCUAGCACAUACGCGGUGUCACGGCAUGGCUCCUCUCCCAGCACAGGGGCCUCCAGCCGCGUGCCAGCCGCAUCCCAGAGCUCAGGCUGCUAUGACAGCGACAGUCUGGAGCUGCCCCGGCCAGAAGAGGGGGCCCCUGAGGACAGUGGCCCUGGGGGCUUGGGCACACGGGCCCAGGGGGCCAACGGUGGCUCAGAGCGGUCCCAGGCCCCUCGCAGCUCCGGCCUGCGGCGCCAGGCCAUCCAGAAUUGGCAGCGCAGACCCCGCCGACACAGCACUGAGGGGGAGGAGGGUGACGUCUCGGACGUGGGCUCCCGUACCACCGAGUCAGAGGCUGAGGGCUCCUCAGAUGCCCCCCGCCCCGGGCCUGCUGGGCCACUGAGCAGCUGUCGUCUCUCAGCCCGCCCUGAGGGAGGCAGUGGGCGGGGCCGGCGAGCUGAGCGGAGCAGCCCCUCGCGCUCCAAUGAGGUCAUCAGCCCGGAGAUCCUCAAGAUGCGAGCAGCCCUGUUCUGCAUCUUUACCUACCUGGACACGCGCACGCUGCUGCAUGCCGCCGAGGUCUGCCGGGACUGGCGCUUCGUGGCUCGCCACCCCGCCGUCUGGACACGGGUGCUGCUCGAGAACGCCCGUGUCUCUUCCAAGUUUCUGGCAAUGCUGGCUCAGUGGUGCACCCAGGCCCACUCACUAACCCUGCAGAACCUGAAGCCCCGGCAGCGGGGCAAGAAGGAGAGCAAGGAAGAGUAUGCCAGGAGUACCCGGGGCUGCCUAGAAGCAGGAUUGGAGUCACUGCUGAAGGCGGCCGGGGGCAACCUGCUGAUCCUACGCAUCUCCCAUUGCCCCAACAUCCUCACUGACCGCUCGCUCUGGCUGGCCAGCUGCUACUGCCGUGCCCUACAGGCUGUCACCUACAGGAGUGCCACGGACCCUGUGGGCCACGAGGUCAUUUGGGCCCUGGGCGCAGGCUGCAGAGAGAUUGUCUCUCUCCAGGUGGCACCACUCCACCCGUGCCAGCAGCCCACACGCUUCAGUAACCGCUGCCUGCAGAUGAUCGGUCGCUGUUGGCCGCACCUCCGGGCCCUGGGGGUUGGGGGCGCCGGCUGUGGGGUGCAAGGCCUGGCAUCACUCGCGAGAAACUGCAUGCGGCUGCAGGUCCUGGAGCUGGACCACGUGUCAGAGAUCACCCAGGAGGUGGCAGCAGAGGUCUGCCGGGAAGGCCUCAAGGGACUAGAGAUGCUGGUGCUUACUGCCACCCCCGUCACCCCCAAGGCCCUGCUGCAUUUCAAUAGCAUUUGCCGGAACCUCAAGUCCAUUGUGGUCCAGAUUGGGAUUGCUGAUUAUUUCAAAGAGCCCAGCAGCCCUGAGGCCCAGAAGCUGUUUGAGGACAUGGUGACAAAACUCCAGGCCUUGCGGCGGAGGCCCGGCUUCUCCAAGAUCCUGCACAUCAAGGUGGAAAGUGGCUGCUAACCCGGGUGGGGGGGCAGCAGGGCCCCCGCCAGCCCCACAUCAGGGUACUCUUUGGACCUCUGGAGGGACCCUGCUUUGGAUUGGACCUUCAGAGACUUAGUGUGUUAUCCCUGGCUUCCAGGGAGGGGUUGACAAUUUCUCAUCCUCCUCCCAUGACAGUGGAGCAACAGGCCUGACCCCCUGGCACUGCCUCCCCAUGGCAGGGGCUCGGACAGAGGCUGUCCUCUGACCCCUAGCCCACCCCCAGCUGGAGCAGCCUUCUGGGCCCAGCCAGCAAGGAGCCGAGUCACCACCAGCACCUGGUAUCAUCAUCUGGGGGAUCUGUAGUAACCAGCCAGUGGGUCUUCGACCAUUCAGUCAGGCUCCCACCCCUUCCUGAGGCCCAGCAUCCUUGUCAGGGACCUCUGCCAGGCCACAGGCCAGAGGGGGCUCCACAAGGCAGCUCAGACUUGGCAUGCAGGGCUCUUCUACCAUCUGCCUUGCCCCCAGCCCUCUGGGGCACCCCCUUCAGACAGCCCACUGAGGCUCUGGGUCCACAUUCUCCAGGGAUAACACAGGUGGGCCUUGGGGCCAGGGCGUGUGGCUGGUAAAAGCUGGGGGAGAGCAGUGGGGUAGUAAACACAGGUGGGGAUGGGUUUGGGAAGGCAAAACAUUAAUCCGGAGCUUCUCCCCAGGAUAUUGAGACUACCUCCCAAGGGGAAGAAUUUCCAGGUGGAGAAAACUUGAGUAUUUCUGUAAGAAAAGACAAGACCCCUCCUCCCAACCCCUACACACCCCAAUCACACACCAGAGCUGAAAUUCAGAGCUAAAAGGUGCAUGUCUCUUACCUACCAUCCACUUCCGAGCCUCUGGAGGGUCAAGUCCAAGCCCUGGGAAAUCUUGUCAGCCUGGAGAGGUUGUUCCUGUCCUCACGGAGUUUCCUUCUAAUCCAGGUGCUUGGGCAGGAAUAUAAUGGCCUUUAGGUCCCCAAGGCUGUCUGGGAGGGAGGCACUGUGCUAGGGACCUGAAGGAAACCUGGAGGAGGAUGGUUUGGUUUGUCCCUUGUCUGGGGCUUGGUUGAAGAUAUGGGGCCAAAGAAGAGGAAGAUCAUCAAUGGACUGACAUGCUCCCUUCCUCAGUCCCCACUGGCCCCAUGGGCUGACAGCUGCCUUGGGGUUCUUCUGCCUGGGGGCUGAGCUGGGGCCUGAGUGAGAGCCACUUGACUUUAAAGCCACAGAAUACGAACGAGGGUUUUCACUGAUCCUUGCAUGGUUCCCAAAAGACCAGGUCUGGUACUAAGGCUCCAAAGACUCAGGUGUCCCCACUUCUCCCCUCAGAACUCCCACAAUGGCUCAGAGACCGUGGGUCCUGCCAACCUUCAUUUGGAAAGUUCUUCCAAACAUCUCAAACAUCUAAUCAAGUUCCAUCUUGGAGUUUCCUUCUCUCCUAUGCAGGACUGGCACCCAGCCCUAGCCAUCAAGCUGACUGGUCCCUGCUGGGGUUGGGGUCCUCUCCUUUCCCAGUCCUCUCCAGGGAUCCAAUUUUCUGCCACAAUCUGGCUUGGACAUCAAGGCCAGCCCUGAGUUACCUUGUAAUGAGUUCUCCAGGGCUGGGACCCACGGGCUCACCCCAGCUCUCUGGCUCCGCUCCCUGGCUCUGUCCCAGUGCUUUUCAUCACUGCUCUGGCUUUUUUUCCGUGGCUUGUUGUCCCUGCCCUCUGAAGACCCAGAAUAUACAGGGUGUCAUGUUGACAAGUCCCUAUCCGGUCUUGCACGAAGCCUUGGCUGUGUGUGGCACUCCCACCUUUACCCCAGAGCAGCUAGCUCUGUCAACUGCCACCUCCCAGCCCUGUCCCCAAGUUAUGGGAAGGAGUACAACUUCCCUGUCCCUCCAGGGGCCUGGAAGGAAGGUGGAGGUCCACUCAGGGCCCGGCAGCUGUGGGUGUACCUGUCUUGCUUUGCCAGCUGUAUCCCCUGUAGCCCCUGCUCUCUGCGAUCCCAGGACCAGAGGUUACCCUCCCUGUUUUCUGGGCAAAGCACAAAGGGAUGCCCCGCAUGGUCUAAGCCUGUCCAACAGAGGGCUUUCACUGCCCCAGGGAACCUCCAUCCCUCAACAGAAGGCUCUGGGCAACAUCUCACUGGAUGGAUACUCAUCAGAAUGCAUGGCAUCAACGCUGGGAAAGAUCAGGAUGAAUGGGCAGAGAGAAAGGUAGUUCUGAAAGGUGCUGAUGUUGGUCAUAGGUCCAUUCACACACACAUUCAUUCAGGCAACAGCCCUGUGCUUAGGCAGGUGAACAAGAACUCCCUCUCCUCACGCUGGCCUCCCAAGGGUUUGGCCAGGAAGCCCAGACAAGUCCCCUAACCUGUAUUUCCCAGCUGUGUGUGGGAGGACAUGUUGCCCAAGCCCCUGCCAGUGGGAGUGGUGUUAUGUCCCACUGUACACCUGCCCCUGGGACUGACAGACUUGUGUGUCCUGGCCUUCAUGCAUGCCCCAAGAACUGGCAGCUUUGCAGCACCCCAAUCCCAACAGCAACUUAAUGCUAUUCUUUUGCCUCAGGGGAGAUGAGCCUGCUGCCGAGUGGGAGCUUUUGCUUGCUAAGACACUCCAUUAUUCACUUUCUUGACAGCUACACGCUAGCUAGGGCUAAGGGUGGGAACAGGGAUGGAGGGCCUGGCCGUCCCUAGAAACACCUUAUCCCAUCCUCACCCAUCCAGUGGGCCACCCCUCCUCCUCGAUACCUCAUACCUAGAUAUGAAGAGGAGGACUGAAGAAGCAAACCAAGGCAGGCCCCACUCUAGGGGCCCAGGAAUGUAUAGAGGGCUAUCGGUCGUGGCCACUUGGUGUCCCUACAGCCCUCCUCUUGCCACACAGCCUGGCCUAGCACCUGGGAGGCUUUGCAUAUGUGGCUGGAGUGUUUUGCCGUGAUUCAUUCAGGCCACUUCCCCACACCCGACAGGGAACGAGGGAGAUGCUGUGUUCAUCUGGAUCCCUGUGGGGAGAGGGAGUAGGUUGCCCAGGCUUUUCACAGACCAGGACAGACCACGUAAGAAUCAAGGCAUCUCAUGUUUUCCUAGUUCCAUGAUAGAAUUUAGCCAGUCCCUCAAGAACUGCAUCGAAAAGGGGGCCUUCUCCCAAGGCCUCCUGCCCCAAGGUUUAGCUGCCUGUCUUUUGCCUUUGGAUCCCGCCUGUCCCCCUGGCCUGGUCUCUAAUAUUCUGGGACACAGGCGGGGAGCUGUCCAGGCCCCAAUCCCUCUAAGGCACUAAGUUGAGGGAGACCUUCCCAGAGUGACUAUUGUGCCAAAGACCCAGUUCCCAGUGGACUUGGGGUACAAACAGGAGAGGGUGAAUGCCCAAACAAGUUCCCUCAAACCAGUGGAAUCUGUCCGUCUGUCAGUUCAUGAUGAGUGUCCUUCCUUUCCCUGGGGGCCCUUCUGUUUACCCUUGGUGGCCAUGCUUCCUCUUCCAGCCUCAUCCCAGGCCUGCAUUUCUGUAUAUACUGCUGUGUAUUGUGUGUAUGUAUUUAUUCUUGGACAGGUGUGUUCAUUUGCAGCCCUUGCCUGAGGAUAAGGUUUAGGAUUAGGUGAAGAUCAGAAUACCAGGGCCAACUAAGGGAACCAGCCCCUAUUUCCUCCCCAAUCUCCUGGGACCCUGGCCAGUCCCAAAACAGGCAGGCUUCCCCACCAUGGGUCCCAGCUUCCCCUGCCACUGCCAGCAUGGCUCCAGGGAGGCUUGGCCUCAGGCUUCCCAGACUCGGUUCUUACCCUCGAAGGGGCCUUGUAUUCAGGCGCAGCAGCCUGAGGUGACCAAGGCCUGACCUCGUGGCUGGUGCCAAUAGGCUUGGCUUUAGCAGACACCACUUGUGGAGACUUCCACAAGUGCCCCCCUGGCCCUGUCUUUCUCACACAGGCAGGCAGGCCGCACUGGGCCCAAGCUGUGAGAGGGUAGCUUCGCCCACUCUAAGCACAUCAAUCAGGCAGAGGGGUGGGGAGCUUUUUUUGGUUUUACUUUUUGGUAAAUUUCUGAAGUGGUGCCUGUACCUCCAGCCCCCAGGGGGCCUUCCCUGUCCCCACUUCUCUGCCCCACCCAGGCAUCGCCAUCCCAGCACUUUGCUCCACGUCACUCAUAGGUGCCCUUGCCGAACGUUCCUGAGUUUAUGUAUCUAAAGACUCGUGUGGGCGUCAGAAUUUAUGGCUCGGUAUCCAAUAAAAGAUGGUGAAACUGCCGUAUCUGACCCAGGGAGGUAAACAGUAUGUGGCCACAUCUGUCAGUCGGCCUCACCACAGCCUUUCCGCAGUGACGUGGGCUGAGGCAGGAGGCGGCGGGUAACCUGAUCGGUGUCGGCGGGGUGAAUAAAGGACUAAAGAAAUCA